UCGAAAUGAACCCAUUUAUAAGAAGCCAGAAAGUUGAAGAAUAUCAAACUACAGCUGUCCUAAAAUACAGGGAAUCAUCAAUGGCGCAAGCUAGUUUUGCUCCGCAGAGUGAGAAGAUGGAAACAUUUAGGUUGAUGAGUGGGUUUCUGAUCCCUGCUGUCGGAAUCGGCACUUGGAAAUUAUCUCCAUCUCCUCGACAAUCUCUUCAAACUGCUCUUAUUGAGGCAGGUUAUAGGCAUGUUGACACGGCGGCCCAAUAUGGAAAUCAAAUAGAGGUGGGGAAAGGAAUCAAGACAGCCAUACAUGCUGGAAUAGAGAGAAAGCAUUUGUUUAUCACCUCUAAGAUAUGGUGUACUGAUUUAGUACCGGAAAGAGUGGGGCCCGCGUUCUUGAGGACACUCGAAGAAUUGCAGCUAGAAUACCUCGACCUCUAUCUCAUUCAUUGGCCGUUCAGGUUGAGGGACGGGGCAACUAGGCCGCCCCGAGGGGACGAUGUUUUGGAGUUCGACAUGGAAGGAGUUUGGCGGGAAAUGGAGAAACUCGUGGUGGAGGGUUUCGUGAGGGACAUUGGGAUCUGCAAUUUCACCCUCAAAAAAUUGGACAAGCUGUUGAGUUUUGCUAGGAUAAAGCCUUCAGUUUGUCAGAUGGAGAUGCAUCCUGGUUGGCGCAACGACAAGAUGCUGGAGGCUUGCAAGAAAAAUGACAUCCACGUCACGUCCUACUCGCCUUUGGGGUCGCAGGAGGGCGGUCGGGACCUCGUGCACGAUCCGGUGGUGGAUCGGGUAGCGAAGAAGUUGAACAAGAGCCCCGGACAGGUGCUUGUGAAAUGGGCUAUUCAGAGAGGGACUAGCACCAUUCCAAAAUCCAACAAUCCGGAUAGAAUCCACGAGAAUCUGCAUGUUUUCCAAUGGGAAAUACCCCCAGAAGACUUCCAAGCUCUUUCUAGCAUCCACGAUCAGAAACGAGUGUUGGAUGGUGAGGAGCUCUUCGUGAACAUGACCGAUGGACCUCUUAGGACUGUCGCCCAUGUGUGGGACGACGAGGAUUGAGAUGUGUUUGAGUCGAUAUGUAAUGUAAUAUAAAAAUGUAAUCGUAAAACUUCGUUUCCUUAUGUCUAUUCUACUAUUACUAAAAUUAUGUUAUAAAUAUUCUCUCUAUUUAUGAGAAAAUGUCGUUUAUUUUGAUUUA